AUGGUGAAGAUGCUGAUCGGUUUGGUUGGAAUCGUUAAUUUGGGAAUGGGCAUUUAUGUGGUGAUUCAGAUGCAGGAGUGAGUUUCAGGAAAAAAAAAAGAACUUUGCGCCUUGAAAUUCGGCGUAUGUGUGUACUCUGAAUUUCAGCAGAACCUUGUUGUUUUUGGUGAAUAUUUUAUUUGAAACAUUGUUUUUUUUUUCAGAGAAACCAAAGCAACUGAUCCAAUCAAAAGUGGUUUAUCAACUUUUGGCAACAAAGGUUAUACAGCUGGAAAUUCUCAAACGAAGGGUGUUGUUAUGCCAUUUGUUGUAGCCCUUGUCUGUUUUGCUGCUGCAUUUAUGCCAAUGGCUGCCGUCUUCUAUUUACUAUUGAUAUUGGUUUUAGUAGAGAUUGGUGGUUUCAUUUGGUCAAUGGUGGCUGUUUCUGAUAUCACAACAUAUAUGCAACCUCAUUAUUUGUUGGUCAAAGAUAUGGCUGAAACUGCAAAGAAAGAGAAAGGAGGACGUAAAAAGCGUAUAGCUAUUCCAAUCAUCGGGCCAAUUCUCGGAGGCAUCGUCAAGUUAGCUAAACCAUUCUUUGAAAUGUUUGGAAGCAUUUUUGCAAAAGCUCUAGAUUAUGUGAAAGGUUUCGUAGGACGAAUUCCGGGUGUUGGUAACUUUAUCAACGGUUUGUGUUUUUUUGGGAUCCUAAUAAAAUGUGACCUAUCUUUCAAAAAUAUGAGUGCGGGUGAAUUUUUCGAAUUAAAAACCAUUAAUUUUGCAGGCUUUUUUGGUGGCGAAGAGAAGACACAAAAGGCAGUGGAAAAAAUCAGAGAUAAACCGCAACUUAUGGAACAACUUGCUCAUUUAACAGAAGUUCUUGAGAAAAGCAAAUUGGUGGCUGAAAUUGGGAUUGGAGUUAGUGCGUUGACUGCUGUUUUUGCCGCUGGAUUGGUUGUGUGAGUUGAUUUAUUUUGACCCAAUAGAUUACAAAUUGGGUUUUGCGUCGUCAUAUAUUUCCAAAAUUGUUUUUCAGUUACUACACUUUGAGCAACAGAAGAGAAGCAAGAUCACAAGCAUCGCGCUACAACUCCACAUCUUCAACUGCUGAAAGUGGAUAUUCAAUUUCACCAGCCACUCAACAUCAUUCACUCUCACCUCAUCAUCAUUCCAAAUCACCAUCAACUUAUCGCCCUAAAUUACCUUCAACUCAUCAUUAUCAUUCGAGUUCACCAACAUCUCAUUAUUCCCCAACAACUCACCAUUCGCCAGCUACUCGUCAUCAUCAUCAUUCAAGACCACCAACAUCACGUUAUUGA